GGCUGCGGCGGCCCCGGGGCCGUGGUGGCACUUGGCGGGGAAGGGUAAGGACCGGGAGGUGGCCUCCGAACGCUCGAAGACGGACCGUCGUAGACCAGGGGUAAUUUUUGUCUCCUCCGCGCCGCGGGGAGAGGAGGCUCCGGUUGGGAGAAUACUGGGAUCUUCAAUGGCAGAAGAAAGAGUGACCAGAAGACCGAGAUGAGUUUUAACACUAUUCUAGAAGAAAUUCUUAUUAAAAGAUCGCAGCAGAAAAAGAAGACAUCACCCCUGAACUACAAAGAGAGGCUUUUUGUCCUUACAAAGUCAAUGUUAACCUACUAUGAAGGUCGAGCAGAGAAAAAAUACAGAAAAGGAUUUAUUGAUAUUUCCAAAAUCAAAUGUGUGGAAAUAGUGAAGAAUGAUGAUGCUGUCAUUCCUUGUCAAAAUAAAUAUCCGUUUCAGGUUGUCCAUGAUGUGAACACACUUUAUAUUUUUGCACCUAGUGCACAUAGUCGGGACAAGUGGGUGAAGAAGUUAAAAGAAGAAAUAAAGAACAACAAUAAUAUUAUGAUUAAAUAUCAUCCCAAGUUCUGGGCAGAUGGAAGUUAUCAGUGUUGUAGACAGACGGAAAAGCUAGCUCCUGGAUGUGAAAAAUACAAUCUUUUUGAAAGCAGUAUAAAAAAAGCACUACCUCCAGCACCAGAAACGAAGAAGCGAAGGCCUCCCCCACCAAUUCCUCCUGAAGAAGAAGAUAAUGGUGAGGAAAUAGUUGUGGCAAUGUAUGACUUCCAAGCAACAGAAGCACAUGAUCUGCGAUUAGAGAGAGGCCAAGAGUAUAUCAUCUUAGAAAAGAAUGAUGUUCAUUGGUGGCGAGCAAGAGAUAAAUAUGGGAGUGAAGGAUAUAUCCCAAGUAAUUAUGUAACGGGAAAGAAAUCAAACAAUUUAGAUCAAUAUGAAUGGUACUGUCGAAAUAUGAAUAGAAGCAAGGCAGAGCAACUCCUCAGAAGUGAGGAUAAAGAAGGUGGUUUUAUGGUAAGGGACUCCAGUCAACCAGGCUUGUACACAGUGUCCCUAUAUACGAAAUUUGGAGGAGAAGGUUCAUCAGGUUUCAGGCAUUAUCAUAUAAAGGAAACAGCCACAUCUCCAAAGAAGUAUUACCUAGCAGAAAAACAUGCUUUUGGUUCAAUUCCUGAGAUUAUUGAAUAUCAUAAGCACAAUGCAGCAGGACUUGUCACCAGGCUGCGAUACCCCGUUAGUACCAAGGGGAAGAAUGCUCCAACCACUGCAGGAUUCAGCUAUGAGAAGUGGGAGAUUAACCCCUCGGAGCUGACCUUCAUGAGGGAGUUGGGCAGUGGACUGUUUGGAGUGGUGAGGCUUGGCAAGUGGCGAGCCCAGUACAAAGUAGCCAUCAAAGCUAUAAGGGAAGGCGCCAUGUGUGAGGAGGACUUUAUAGAAGAAGCCAAAGUGAUGAUGAAAUUGACACACCCGAAGUUAGUUCAGCUUUACGGCGUAUGCACCCAGCAGAAACCCAUCUACAUUGUCACCGAGUUCAUGGAGCGGGGCUGCCUUCUGAAUUUUCUCCGGCAGAGACAAGGGCAUUUCAGCAGAGAUGUGCUGCUGAGCAUGUGUCAGGAUGUGUGUGAAGGCAUGGAGUACCUGGAGAGAAACAGCUUCAUCCACAGAGAUCUGGCUGCCAGAAAUUGUCUAGUAAAUGAGGCGGGAGUUGUCAAAGUGUCGGACUUUGGAAUGGCCAGGUAUGUUCUGGAUGAUCAGUACACAAGUUCUUCUGGCGCUAAAUUUCCAGUGAAAUGGUGUCCACCCGAAGUGUUUAAUUACAGCCGCUUUAGCAGCAAGUCGGAUGUCUGGUCCUUUGGUGUGUUAAUGUGGGAGGUGUUCACUGAGGGCAGGAUGCCCUUUGAAAAAAACACCAACUAUGAAGUGGUAACCAUGGUUACCCGUGGCCACCGACUCUACCGGCCCAAGUUGGCAUCCAAAUACAUCUAUGAUGUGAUGCUGAGAUGUUGGCACGAGAAACCAGAAGGAAGGCCUUCUUUUGAAGAGUUGCUGCGCACAAUAGAUGAACUUGUCGAAUGUGAAGAGACUUUUGGAAGAUAGCAUUCUUGUGACCCGUGGCUCCCGGAUUCCAAAGCGUGAGAAGGAAAUGGCUCUGGCUGGUUGCCUGAGUGUGCUUACAAAGUGGAAACACCUGAAGCACGUACUUCAAGGCCAGCCUUAGCUCUGUGA